AUGGAUGCUACUUCCUGGAACAUGUCUGGUAUCUUCUGCCUUCUCGAGGAUUAUAUGAUCGAGCUCCUAGGGGUGUACUCUGACAAUGUCCAGGACCUUGCUAACUAUCUAAAAGGUUGUAGAUUUCUCCCAAAAUUAAACAAUGAACUCGUGGAUUACAGGAACUCAACCUACAAGGAAUUGCUAGCUUGCAGAACCUACUCCUUAUUAUGUUGGUUUUUUCCCUCAUCAAAAAAACUUGUUGCUAGUACGAUUGUACUAUCGUCCACUUUAGGCCUUUUCACUCUGUUCAUCCGCGUCCUUUUGGGCCAAGAUUCCUUAAAUGUAUCAAAAGUUGUUGCAGUCUUCAUCAUGAUCCGUGUUGCCAUGACAACUGUCGAGAAAACUUGGGCAGCUAACGAUUUCAAAUUUAACACUUCCCUUUUGGGCCAACAUUCUUUAAUACUCUCUCUCACAAUAUUGUCCUUCUAUUUUAUAUCAACCUACUAGUGAACUAAAUCAAAUAUUACGGUACUUCUCAAUAAGUUUGCUCGUGAAGUAGGGGAGGGAGUUGAUGUGCACAAGUUGUUUGGAUACACUAGAUUGUUUAUCCUUGUAGCUCUAUGGUGGCUAGUUUGGCCAUUGACAGCAUUAGGGAUAGAGCCUAAGCUCACAAUUCCUCGUUCUGUAAAGAUGGAAGAAGUUGUUCUUGCCAAUGGCUUUGUUGGAAGUGUCAUUUCCGACUAUUUUUGGGCAUUAUGUGUUGUAUGGACAACAUCAAUAGUGGCUACACUAGGGAUGUCUCUCACCAUACCACUUGCGAUGUUGGCUGACAUGGUGAUUCAUGGUCGUCAUUAUUCCGCAAUUUACACCCUCGGUUCAACUCAGUUUGGCCAUUGA